AGAACAGCGGCUGUGUGACAGUCUCACUCUGAACUGGACCAACAACAUUUGCAAAAAUGGUUGAUGCUUUCUGUGCUACAUGGAAACUGGUUGACAGCAAGAACUUUGAUGACUACAUGAAGGCACUUGGUGUCGGUUUUGCCACAAGACAAGUGGGCAAUGUGACCAAACCAACAGUAGUGAUCAGCAAGGAUGGGGACAAAGUGGUGGUGAAAACCCUGAGCACCUUCAGGAACACCGAGAUCUCCUCCAAGCUGGGAGAGGAGUUUGAUGAGACCACACCUGAUGACCGGCAUGUCAAAUCCACCUUAACCAUGGAGGGAGACAAACUGGUGCAAGUGCAGAAGUGGGACGGCAAGGAGACCAAAUUUGUCAGAGAAAUCAAGGAUGGGAAGAUGGUGAUGACUUUGACUUUUGAGGGAGUCCAGUCAGUCCGCACGUAUGAGAAGGCCUAACCUACUUUACCAUCCACUUGAAUGAGCAAAUCACCCAUGCACUGCAACAAGGUGUCCUUCUUUUUAUUUGUUUUUUUUUUUUUUAAACAAA